AUGUCCUCUAGCGCAAACAAACGCACGCACUCUAUUGCGACUAUGGGCGCCGAUGGGAUUGGUCCCGAAGUUGUCAAUGCUGGCGUCCAGGUUUUGAAGAAGGUUGCGCAACUAGAUGGCACAUUUGGCCUACAAUUCGAAGACUACGAUUGGAGUUCCGAGACCUACAAGAGGACUGGCCAAUACAUUCCGGAUGGAGGACUAGAAAAGCUCAAGAAGCAUGACGCAAUUCUGUUUGGUGCUGUAGGCGCCCCAGACGUACCUGAUCAUAUUUCCCUCUGGGGCUUGCGGCUUGCGAUUUGCCAGACCUUCCAGCAGUAUGCGAACGUGCGCCCCACCAAGAUCUUUCGCGGAACAUCAUCACCCUUGCGAAACGCAGAACAUGGCGACCUAGAUUGGGUAAUUGUUCGCGAAAAUUCCGAAGGUGAAUAUGCUGGACAAGGAGGCCGAUCGCAUAAAGGUCAAAAGUGGGAGACCGCUACGGAGGUGUCCAUCUUUACCCGCCAUGGUGUAGAACGCCUGAUACGUUUCGCCUUCGAAACAGCCCAGAGCAGACCAAGAAAGCAAAUAACAGUCGUUACCAAAAGUAACGCGCAAAGAAACGGAAUGGUUAUGUGGGAUGAGAUCGCUGCUGAAGUUGCGAAGGACUUUCCUGAUGUCAAGUGCGACAAGAUGCUCGUCGACGCCAUGACGUGCCGGAUGGUGCUUGAUCCUAAAUCCCUCGACACGAUAGUGGCAACCAACCUGCAUGCGGAUAUCCUCUCCGACCUCGCAGCCGCAUUGGCGGGCUCCAUUGGCAUUGCUCCUACCAGUAAUCUCGAUCCCACACGUCAAAAUCCGUCCAUGUUCGAACCAAUCCACGGCUCAGCUUUUGACAUCACUGGCAAGGGUGUCGCGAAUCCAGUAGGAACCUUUUGGACAGCAUCUGAGAUGCUAGCAUGGCUAGGCGAGGAGCAAGCUGCAAAGAGGUUGAUGGAGAGUGUGGAAACCAUCACUGAGCGAGGCAUUGCAACUCGCGAUCUUGGGGGCAAAGCUUCAACGAAAGAGGUUACCGAUGCGGUCUGCGCCGAGCUAGAGAGAAUGUACAGUAGUGGUCGGUAG